AGAUGAAGAGGGAGGGGCAGCUCAGACAACCAAAAGGAAACCACAUGUAAGAUUUUCGAUCAUACCUGUACAAACCUCUGGAUUCAACAGGAGGACAGAGUGAGAGACCACCGGAUAUAGAAGAAACAGUCUCACGGAGUUAGAAAUAGGUUUGAAUUCCCAGAACCCACCAAGCUGCUCCACCGGACUAAGAUAGUUGGCGGCUAGAAGAAACAUACCACUGAAACACAAAGAUCUGAAACGUGACGAGUGCUCUUACACAACAUGUGCACACUUUAGCCAGUAGUGCCUCAUUCCAGUGUGAAACUGCUGAUUAGAGCCAUGCCAUUGUCACGAAGCUUCCUGUCUGAAGAGCAGCUGCUGUGCUCCAUCUGCUUAGACGUGUUUGACAAUCCGGUGUCCACGCCAUGCGGCCACAGCUUCUGCAUGACCUGCAUCAGCCACUACUGGGACGCAGUGAAGCACUGCCAGUGCCCUCUCUGCAAACAGACCUUCAAGAGAAAGCCCGAUCUCCACAUUAAUCGAACUCUCCGUGAGAUCACUGAACAGUUCAAGCGCAUGAAGGAAAACCCGGGGGCCUCUGGUGGGGAGGGGACAGGUAGAGAUUCGGAGCAAGGUGUAAAACAAGACUCAAUGGAUGGGAAACUUCCAGGUUAUCUUAUGGAUGAAAUGAAGCGGAGACUCACACGGCACAGGGCUCACAGCAAUUCAGUGGCCUCUCAGCACGAAUCGGGGUCCGAACAAACCGUUACACCAAACACUGAUAGUACUAGUGACACCCAGCUGCCUGUUUUUUGCAGACAGCUGUCCCAGCGAAGGUAUACCCUGAGUGGGGCUGCAGAUGCCAUGAAAGUGCCCCUUUGUCCAAAACAUCAUCGUAACCUGGAGCUGUUCUGUCGAUCUGAUCUGGAAUGUAUUUGUGUUGAGUGUGGACAGACGGAACACCAGUCACAUGACAUCACAUGUGCCGAGAAAGAGUGGCAGAGUCAUAAGAUGAAGAUUGGUAUCACAGAGACCGAGAUACAGGAGAUGACCAAAGAGAGGAUGCAGAAAGUGGAGGAGAUCAAACAAUCGCUGGUUGGUGUCAAAAUGUUGUCAGAGCAUGAGGUACAGCGCAGCAUGCAGCUGUUUGGAGCUUUGAUAAGCUCUCUCGAGCGCAGUCAGGCGGGGCUGCUGGAAAUGACUGAGAUAAACCGCUGCUCAGCAGAGCAUCAGGCUGAGCUCAUGAUCAGAGAGCUGGAGCAGGAGAUCACCGAGCUGAGGAGGAGAAGCACAGCGCUGGCUAAACUGGCCCGGACUGAAAAUUACAUCACUGGACUGAAGGGCUACUCUGAGGUCAGCACUCCCAUGUCAAUGAAAGACUGGACGGGUGUCUCGCUGACCUGUGACCUUGGGACUAAAACAAUUUACACCUCUGUCUGUCAGCUACUGGAACAGUUUAAGGAGGAGCUUCAGAAAGUACCUGCAGUCUGCCUGUCUGUAUCCGCUAACCAAUCACCGGUAAAGUCACACCCAAAAGUCAAGAGAAUACAGGAAUAUGCAGUGAAUGUGACCCUGGACUCCAACACAGCUCAUCCACGUCUCUUCCUAUCAGAAGACAAGAAGAAGGUGUGGUGUGGUGAAAGGCACCAGCAUGCUCCCAACAACCGUGAGCGCUUCGACCGUGUAGUCUGUGUCCUCGGCUGCGAGGGAUUCACCAGUGGCCGACACUACUGGGAGGUGGAGGUGGGUGGAAAGACUGACUGGGACCUGGGAGUGGCGAGUCACUCCUGCAACAGGAAGGGUAAGAUCACAGUCAGCCCCAGCAACGGCUACUGGUUUCUUAGCUUGCGGGACAAGAACAACUAUGCCUUCAGGACUGAGCCUUCCACGGUCCUACCCCUCAGCCAGAAACCCCAGAAGAUAGGGCUGUUUGUAGAUUACGACAAAGGCCAAGUGUCCUUUUAUAAUGUGGAUGCAAAGACACACAUCUAUACAUUUAUGGACAACUUCUCUGAGACUAUUUAUCCGUUCUUCAGUCCCUGUACCAACAAAACAGGGAAAAAUGACGCUCCGCUGGUGAUCACACCUGUCCUGCUGGACUGAAGAGUGACAUUUUUUUUUGUCUUGCACAGUAAAUGAUUUGUUUGCUGCCACAUUGGCACUAAAUUUUCAUGUAUAACACAAAGAGCACUUCCACUAGGAUGACCACACAUCCUGUUUUUCCAUGUUUUGCUACUGUUUUUAUAUUGACAUGAUCUCUACAGUGCUCAUACAUUAUAUUUAUGUGAAUUUGCAUUGCUUUGUCCGUUCUCUGUAGAUCCCAACAAUUAGUGGAUUAUGUACUUAUGUGCAAUGCUUGCCUGCUAAUGGUAAAACUACUUUUCAGUCAUUAUCUUCAGCAAAUAUGAAGACAAAAAAACAGAGCCAAAUCGCAGACAUUUUAGGCAAUUUAGAAAUCCCGCCAGGACAUGUCUGGGAAAAAGAGGACGAAUGGUAACACUACUUUCACUACUAAAAGUCUUUUUAUACAAAACAAAUAUGCAAAUUUUACUUGUUAUAUUAACAAAACACCAGGAGCCUUUAAUUAAUCAUCUCUUCAGGAUGGAAAGACUAAAAUAAUACAAUAUAUUUUUCUUAAACAAGACUGCACUGCAAUCCAUUAUGUAUGCCAACAAAUAGUCAUUACUUUUCAGGUAUUAAUCCUUUAAUACAACAUGAACAUUAGUAAAUUCAUGUUGUUUCAUUUAUAAAUUAGCUUCAUUCACUGUUGCAGGCCUAUACAGUUCAUUUGGCCUAGUUUCUCACACACUGCACUUCAAACUUUCUGUUAAGAUGAGUGUACUUGAACACAAUGAAAUAAACAUUACAGUGUCAGAUGGCAAGUUACUGCAGGUAAUUUCUCUCUUUAUAACAUCCCACCCUUUCUCUCUCUUUCACAUACCUUAGUACCGAGACUGGGCCUUAUUUCCAAACAUCAGAGUGAGACUAUAUACAGCUUAGACUUACAUAAUACAGUACAACUACUUUGUGUUUGUUAAUGGCACCGUAAUCAACACUAACUGUUUUUACAUUGUUGUUUUUGCCGCUCUAGGUAACUCCCAAAUCAAAUCCUAACGGUAUUUUCUCUCUCCGUACAUCGUUCGUGUUGUAGCAUGUCAAAAAGUAACUGUCAGAGAGAAAAUACCCGAGGGUUGACUGGAUUCGGCGAGGCUGCGUUUCCUCAACGCGCCGCCAGGUGGCGGACCUACUGAUUUUAUAACUGCACUUUUUGCUAACGUUUCCUAAAGCAAACACGUGCUUACAUUCGCCAUCUAUCCAAAGGCCCUUUAGUGGCAUAUAAAACUACAUAAAGUAAACUCACUCUAUGCUAACCAAUAGAUGCCACUGCCAAUCUGUUAAACUGAUCCAUAUGAAACAAACAAGGGAGACCAGGGAUAGUUGUCACACAUCGAAGUUGUCACAACAGCAGUUUCUCAGUAUCUAUUGUUUUGUAUUGUAUAAUCGUUUUACUGUUUCAAUUUGGCUAAUGGGAUACUUAAUGACAGUUUCCCUUGUGAUAGCAUGCCCCACUAAAUGCAUGUUGUCACAAAAGGUCAUAGUGUGUUCGAUAAACUUUAUUUUUUUCUUAUAGGCAUCACUAAAGGUAAAGUUCAAUAGUUUUUGUGUUGCCAAGACUUUAAGGUAUGUGCCUAUUCAGAAAUUUGCUUCUAAAAGUAAACAUAAUUAGAAUUAUUCACUAAUCUUGUGACAUCUAGUCCUGUCUUCCUAAAUGCUUUAACUCAUCAUGCAUUUACGAUUUUACAAAUUUCUUUUUUGUUUCACUGUUUAAAAAUAAAAAAACAAUAAAACUGUAAAAAAAACUAAACAGGUACAGAGCAGGUAAAACACCUGUGAAAAAUCAAUACAGAAAAUUCCUACUAACACAGUUCAUUGCGACCUGUUUUUACUUACUUUUUUUUUGGAAUAUUGUUUUUAAUUGUAUUUAAUAAAUCCAUUUUGUUUUCCUGUUUUCUGGCACCAGCUAUUUCUGUGUUUUAAUGUUAUGUUUGCUAUUUCUGCUUUUAAAACAUGACUAAAUCUAACAUCUGAAAUCAGUGCAAAAGCAACUUAUGUAGCAUCUGUAAAUAUGUCAUUUGAAUGCAAUAAAUUGCUUAAAUAAAUGUGCAUGAAAUGGGCAUUUAAAGUCUACUAUAAUGAAAAUUAAUAAAAAUAUGAAUGACGGUCAGAAAUUAACCAGAGCUGGAGCAAAAAAUACCCUAAAUAUUUAAAAUAGUGGCAAAAAUGCCUUGUGGUGAAUUCCUUUAUUGUUUUUAUUUUGAAUACUUGAUUUAUUUGACUGAUAUUCUGUUGUAGGUCAAUAUUCAGCAAAGUUGAAAUGUCUCUGUAGAUACUGUGCUAAACUACAGUAGCUUUCAGGUGCUUGUAUUUGCUGCCUCAGAAGUGUAAGUUGUUGAAUGUGUAGCUAAACAAGUAUGCUUUCAUUAAAAUCAUUACAUUAAAGCUCUGAACGUACAGACAAUGCAAACUGUGAGCAUACA